AUGUUGUAAACAAUAACCUCAAUCUCUAAAAAAUUUCGAAUUUUAUUUUUUAUCGAAAAUAAGUAAUUACUACUCAAACCGCUACUUCGUGGUCUAGUUGAUCGUUUCAACUCAUAAUAAUGAAUUUAGAGCUUUUGGAAUCUUUUGGUCAGAACUAUCCAGAAGAGUUCGAUGGAACACUUGAUUCUCUAUCAAUUGCUGUAACUUGUUCUUUCAAUAAAAGGGGCACUCUCUUAGCAGUGGGAUGUAAUGAUGGGAGAAUAGUCAUCUGGGAUUUUUUAACUCGAGGAAUUGCUAAAAUAAUAUCAGCCCAUGUUCACCCAGUCUGCAGUAUAACCUGGUCUAGGAAUGGUCACAAAAUAGCUUCAGCAUCAACUGAUGAUACAGUAUGCAUAUGGGAUGUUCUCACUGGAGAAUGUGAACAAAAAUAUCGAUUUCCUUGUCCUGUUCUGAAGGUCCAGUUCGAACCAAGAAACAUGGAAAGAUUACUUGUAUGCCCUAUGAGACAUGCAGCAGUAUUGGUAGAUAUAAAUGGAGGCCAUCAAGUUAUUCCAAUAGAUGAAGAUGGAGACUUGAAUAUUUCAGCUUCAUUUGAUAGAAGAGGAAAUUAUGUUUAUACAGGGAAUUCAAAAGGAAAAGUCUUAGUGUUAGAUUCCAAAACUUUGGAAGUGAAAGCAAGUUUCAGAAUAGUUUUGGGGACCUCCAGUGCGGCAGCAGUAAGAAGUAUCGAGUUUGCUCGAAGGGGAGACUGUUUCCUCAUCAAUACUGCAGAUAGAGUCAUUAGGGUUUAUGACAGCAAAGAAGUUCUUGCAUGUGGCAAAGAUGGUGAACCUGAACCUAUUCAGAAACUCCAAGAUUUAGUCAAUAAAACAAUGUGGAAGAAAUGCUGUUUUUCUGGUGAUGGUGAAUACAUUUGUGCAGGUUCUGCAAGGCAACACGCACUUUACAUCUGGGAAAAGUCUAUUGGAAAUCUAGUGAAAAUUUUACAUGGCACCAAAGGAGAAUUACUAUUAGAUGUUGCAUGGCAUCCUGUCAGACCUAUUAUCGUCAGUAUCUCUUCAGGUGUUGUCAGUGUAUGGGCUCAAAACCAAGUAGAAAAUUGGUCAGCAUUCGCCCCUGAUUUCAAAGAAUUGGAUGAAAAUGUGGAAUAUGAUGAAAGAGAAAGUGAAUUUGACUUGAAUGAUGAAGAUAAGUCUGUUGCAAGUGGGGGGGAUUGCAAAGAGGAUACUGAUUUGGAGGUGGAUGUUUGUGCUAUUGAACCUGUUGCGGCGUUCUGCAGUUCUGAUGAGGAAAACGAAAAUUCUGACUGUCUCCAAUUCUUGCCGAUAGCUCCAGAGAUAGAGGAUCCUGAAGAUGCCUGGACGCCAAGUGAGCCAAAUCUGGCUCCUUCGAAUCCUACAUCAGGCCCUCCAACAAAGAAAAAAAAAUAUAAAUCUUAUGAUAUUGCUCUAGAGAAUCCCAGCAGUGGAGAAAUUCACCCACUUCUAAACAGCAAAAUGAAGGACAAGCAAAUGCUGGGAGGAAAAAAGGCUGCAGGAAGGGCUCGAAAAUAGAAUAAGAGGUUCUAACAAUUGAUUAUAUACAUAGGUACAUUGUAAUUGACUACUUGUAAAAUAUUUAAAUAUCUUAUUAUAGAAAAUAAACGUGAUUUUGAUUUUC